AUAGUACAAGCACGGAUCCACUCUACACAUUCGUUGCAAUGAGUUUUACUGGUAAAGUUGUGAUUGUAACAGGUGCCAGUUCUGGUCUUGGUGCCGGCACCGCCGAGGCAUUCGCGAAACGUGGCGCUAAAGUCGCACUUGUCGGACGCAAUGUUGAGAAUUUGAAAUCGACUGAAGCAGCCUGCAAGGCAGCCAAUCCCAAUGCCGAGUUGCUGCUCAUAGCCGCCGACGUCACCGUGGAUGCGGAGCGCAUCAUCAACUCAACGCUGGAGAAGUUCGGCAAAUUGGAUGUGUUGGUCAAUAACGCGGGUAUUUUGGCUUACGGCAGCAUCUUGGACAUAGGCGUAGAGCAAUUCGACUCAUUACUUAAUACGAAUUUACGUUCCAUCUUCCUGCUCACCAAAUUCGCAGCGCCGCAUCUCAUCAAGACACAAGGCAAUAUCGUGAAUGUCUCGAGUGUCGCUGGUACGCGUACCUUCCCCAACACGUCAAGCUAUUGUACCUCCAAGGCGGCAGUUGAUCAGUUCACCAGAUGCAUCGCCCUGGAUUUGGCGCCAAUGAAUGUCCGUGUGAAUGCUGUGAAUCCUGGUGUUGUGGUGACAGAUAUUCAUGCACGCAGCGGCAUGACCGAAGCCGACUAUGCCGACUACAUGCGACGUGCUAAGGAGACUCACGCGCUCGGACGUGUGGGCACGACUAAAGAGGUGGCCGACACCAUUGCCUUUUUGGCCAGUGACGAGGCUUCGUUCAUCACCGGUGCCACAGUGCCCAUCGAUGGUGGCAAGCAGGCGAUGUGUCCACGUUAAGUGCCUUAGGAUAAUUGAAAUACUCGAAGUAGAAUAUUUUGUAAAUUUAUGUGAAAUAAAAUCAUAAUGUUUUGAGGGUCUGUUACCGUCAAUUUCAUCACA